CGGGCGCGGGGUCGUGCUGGGAACGCGGGGUUGUGCGGGGAACGGGAGGCCGGGCCCAUCGCCCCGUCAGCCGCGGGCAGACCGCGAGGGAACGGCCCUCCUGCCGGCGGGGCUUGGCGGCCUUCCCUCGCGGCAGGAGCGGGGCUGUCUGCGCCCGGCGGCGGGAGGAAAAUGGCUCAAACUACUGUACCAGCACAGUCCAUCCAUGAUGAGGACUCCUCUGAAAGCAGGAUGGUGAUCACAUUCCUCAUGUCAGCACUUGAGUCAAUGUGUAAAGAACUUGCCAAGUCCAAGGCAGAAGUUGCUUGUAUUGCUGUAUAUGAAACAGAUGUCUUUGUAGUUGGAACUGAGAGAGGAAGAACCUUUGUCAAUUCCAGAAAAGAUUUCCAGAAAGAUUUUGCUAAAUACUGUGUUGUGGAAGAUGAGAGAGACAAAAAGCCAAAGACUGUAUCACCUGUAAACAGACUGACAGUGGAUAUUGUGGAACUGGAAGCUCUUAGAAAGUCUGUGGAGGACUUCUUCUGCUUUUGCUAUGGGAAAGCUUUAGGAAAGUCAACAGUGGUACCUGUGCCAUACGAGAAGAUUCAGAGGGACCAGUCUGCUGUGGUGGUGCAGGGCCUGCCUGAGGGACUUGCAUUUAAACAUCCAGAAAAUUAUGAUGUUAAAACCCUGAAAUGGAUUUUGGAAAACAAAUCAGGAAUCUCAUUUAUCAUCAAAAGGCCUUUCCUAGAGCCAAAGAAACACCUGGGAGCUCAUAUGAUGGAUCCUUCACAUUCAAUUAUACCACCAGGUGGAAGUUGUCCUCCUGUUCAAGUGAAAACAGAACCAAAUGAGGAUUCUGGACUUUCUUUGGAAAAGAAAACAGUAGCAGUGAAGGAGGAAUCAGAUGAUCCUGACUACUACAAAUACAAUAUUCCAGCAGGUCCUUCUGAAACAUCAGAGAUGGAUGGAAAAAUUGCUCUUGGAAAAAGUCACACAGAUGGUGUGGUUUUUAAUUUGUCUAAAGGAAGCCACCAGGAAUCUGACUGCAAAGAAGACACAGAUGUGGAGAUAUCACCAGAUGAGCAGAGCUGCUCCAUUCCUCGGAUCGUCUUCGUGGCCUCCUUUGGAGUUGCUGCAGGAGCUCCAUCUUCUAAUGUUGAGGGCUCCAGAACUGAACACAGUACUGCAGAUUCUUCCCAGCAUAGUCCUUCAGAAACAAGUGAGGAUCCUGAGGUUGAGGUCACCCUUGAAGAUGAUGAUGAGUACCUGCCUCCCAGCAAGAAACCUAAGAGCACAGAGUCAACUAAUGAAGCUGGCAAUACUGGGGGAAGAAAAACAAGAGAGUUCAAUUUUGAGAAAUGGAAUGCAAGAAUUACAGAAUUGAGAAAGCAAGUUGAAGAGCUGUUUGAAGAAAAAUACGCUCAAGCUAUAAAAGCAACAGGUCCAGUGUCUAUCCCAUAUCCACUCUUCCAGUCACAUGUGGAAGACUUGUAUGUGGAAGGGCUGCCAGAAGGAAUUCCCUUCAGGCGGCCAUCCACGUACGGCAUCCCUCGCCUCGAAAGGAUACUCCUGGCAAAGGAGCGGAUCCGCUUCGUGAUCAAAAAGCGUGAGCUUUUGAAUUUGACACGAGAAGAGGCACCAUCAGACACACAAGCAGCAGGAGUUCCCUUGCAAAAAUCAUGCUUGGCUGCCACUUGUGAGAUGGAUGUGACAGUUCGAAGCCAGAGAGGAAGGGCAAAGUUCGUUUGUGAUGGAUACCUUUAUGUAUUCGAUAGACCCAGCCGAGCCGGGGACAGUGUUAAAUUCUGGCGUUGUGAGCAGAAAAACUGCAAGGCCAGAAUUCACACCAGGAAUGGCGAGUUGAUCAAGAUGAUCCACCAACAUUCCCACUUGCCUUCGCCAGCCAAUGUGGAGGUGAAAAAAUUUCUGACCGGGAUAAAGCGGCGAGCUGAAGAAACCUUGGAGGGUGCGACCGAAGUGAUUAACUCGUGCGUGUCCAGCCUGAGGUCAGAGGUUCAGGCUGUGAUUCCCAAAACAGAAGCUUUGCGGAAAACCAUCCAGCGAGCGCGGAAUCAAUUGGAGGCAGCACCUUCAGACCCAGCAAGCGUGGAUCGCCUGGUGUUGCCCGAGGAAUACAAGCUCUAUUCACCAACACCAGGCGUGCAGGAGUCGUUCCUGUUCGGUGAUUUUGGAGAAGGAUGCAGAAGGAUCCUUGUGUUUGGCAGAGCAAGCUGGCUGCAGAUUCUGCAAACAUCCGACACCUGGUAUGUGGACAGCACUUUAGCUGUAGCUCCCAAACUCUUUGCCCAGGUCUGUGUGAUCCUGGCAAGGCAGUAUGGGGGUGUGCACCCAGUGCUGUAUGCCCUUCUGCCAGACAAGGAGCUCUCCACGUACAAGAGGUUGUUUGAUUUUAUUAAAAUCCUGGUGCUUAACAAAUUGCCACAGUCCAUUUACUGCGAGUAUGAAACGGUGAUCAUGCAGGCCAUCAAGGAAUGCUUCCCUGGAGCAGCUCUCAAAGGCUGCUUCUUCCACCUGGUUCAGAGUAUGAGGAAGCAUUUGGCAUCAAUACGUGCCAUUCAAGAAUUUGACACAAACACGGAGUUUGCCCUGAAGGCCAACAUGGUUGUGGCCUUAGCAUUCGUGCCUGUCCCAGACUUGGGGGAAUAUGUUGAUGCUCUGGAGGAGUAUCUGCCCAAAGAGCUUCAUUGUCUUCUCGACUGGUUCGAGGACAGCUAUGUUGGGCAUCCAGAUGGGACAAGGUGUAGCAGACAACCUCCCCUGUUUCCACCAUCCAUGUGGAAUCUGUUUGACAGAACGUGGAGCACUGAGGAUUGCACUACCAACCAUUCUGAAGCUGAUCGUCACCUGCGAGCUAAAUUGGGAAUAAGCCACCCGACCAUCUGGAAGUUCAUCGAUGGCCUCCGAAAGGUACAGAAGGACAGAGACACCUACCAUGAACAGCUUGUUUUAGGCCACAGUCCUCCAGUCAGACUGAGGAAAUACUGCAAAGCAGAUCAGCAUAUUUCAGAGAUUGUGUCUAAUUAUGGCAGUAGAAGCCCUCUAGAAUACUUGCAUGCCAUAGCUUACAACUAUCAAAUAGUUUAAGAAAAUGUUGUUGAUGUUUUACAGUUGCAAUUUUUAACAUUUCCAAAUCUCACCACAUAUAUGUGAGCAGAAACAGGUCUGGGGCAGUUCAGCUCAGCACAUUGGGUUGGCUGUGAUGAAUUGUCCUGGACUCAUGAUACCAUGGAAUCAUGGAAUUGUCAGAGUUGGAAGGGACCUCUAGAGAUCAUCUAGUCUAACUCUCCUGCUAAAGCAGGAUCACUCGGAGCACGUUCCACAGGGUGCAUCCAGGUGGGUCUUGAAUAUCUCCAGAAGAGGAGACUCCACAACCUCCCUGGGCAGCCUGUCCCAGGGCUCUGUCACCCUCAUCAUAAAUAAGUUUUUCCUCAUAUUUAAAUACAACUUCCCAUGUUCCAGCGUGUGCCCGUUGCCCCUCGUCCUGUCACUGGGCACAACUGAAAAGAACCUGGCUCCAUCCUCUAUAGACAUAUAUUCUGAUAUACAGAAAUUAGAAUAAUAUUGUUAAAAAUGCUAGGAGAUAAUACUAAAAGUAACAAUGAGAUAAAGACAACUACACCAAACGAGCUGUGUGGUUCCAUGUAGAGUUGUCCUGUGGAGAGUUGGCUGCGGAGUUGUCCUGUUCUGACAGUUUUCAAGUAGCAGUGUGAAGGCCACGUGUUCUAGUGACUUCUUUGAUUAGCACUUCAGAUGCAUGUUCCUACCUGUGUUGUCUCCAUUGAGAACCCAUGCAAAGGUAACAGGAAUGACCAUGGAAGAACAAGACCACAAGAACAGAUUUUUAUUCCGACUGCACCUUUAAACUCAUUUCCCCUGGAACUGGGAAUAAAAAACAAAAAAAGAAUAUGGAAAAAAGCAAGUUUUGAAAGAAAUGUGCCUUUGCAUGGGCCCUAGUUGUGAAACUACUUUCCUGCACUUAUUUUCCUCUUGUUGUAGGAUUGGAUAGUAGUUGGAUUCUCCUGGUGCUUGAGCCUCAGGGCAUUUUUUUUAAUUGUCCAAGUAAGCUGAGUGUUGAAAGCUUGUGUGCCUGAACCAGUGAUAGCAAACAAAUUGCUUCCAACCCCCAAAUGCUGAGUGGCAACCUCAGCCUGGUUGAACUGUGAAUUUGUAGUAACACCAGAGAAAUUCUUAGUUCAGAGAGGGAUGCAAGCAUGCAAAUGGUAGUACCUGCCCUACUGCAGCACGGUCGUGUCGUGUUACAUAUUCAGUCCUCUGUUGUAUAAAGGUGUUCUUUAUUAAAAAAACAUACAUCAAAGACUGUACUGAAAGUGAUCAUUAAAAAUUUAAAUUAAGCAAAGAAAUUAUGUCUAAAGGAUGUCUCUUUAACGUGUGUAGGAAUUAAAGCUUUCCUGCAAAAAGCAGCUCAGGGAACUGGUGGUGUUCAGUCUGAAGAGAAGGAGGCUGAUGGGGAGACCUUCCUCUCUACAACUACCUGAAAGGAGGUUGGAGCAAGGGAAGGGUUUGGUCUCCUCUUCCAAGUGGCAAGUGAUAGAAGAAGAGGAAAUGGACUCAAGUUGUGCCAGGAGAGGUCUAGAUUAGAUCAAGUGACAGAUAAAAUAUUCUGUAGGCAUCUCGAAGAAAUCUCAUCUCGCUUCUUCACAUGGGGGAGUUGAA